ACCCCGGGGACGUACGUGCUGCUGAACGCACGGAGCGGGACGGCGGUGGACAUGUCGGGCGCGGACAACAAGACGCUCAUUGGAUACCCUAUGCAUGGGGGGCCUAACCAGCAGUGGGAGUUCAUCCCGAGUGGACACGGAUACGUCAUCCGCUGUGUCAGGCGGUCGAAGGAGGGCCACCCGCUGUACCUCACCACUGAGGACGGUCUGCGGGAGAAUGCUGCCAUUGUCGCAAGCCCGUACCCCGUCAGCUGGAACGUGGAGCAUACGAAUGAGGGCAUCAUGAUCUCAUGGCCGAACACCGAUUUUGUCUUCGACCUCGCAGAAUGGGGAAGCAAGACCCCAGGGACGAAGAUCCAGCUCGUACGCCUUCGGCCCGGGGAGCCCUGCCAGCUCUGGCACUACACGCGAUGCGCGCCUGCAGACGAG